UCUUCCGGUGGGCUUUUGUGUGUCAUCCGCCAACUUGACGCGAUUGUGGGGGAAACAGCGAGCGAAGCUACCGUCAAAGCAGCGUGUGGAGUAAAACUAAAUGGAAGCUGCGCGUUAACUUUGCCCUCUCAUCGCGGCGCAGACACCGGGAGGGUUGCUUCGGACACGCCGCCAUCUCGUCCGCGCUGCUGCCGGAAGAGAUCCGCCGGGGUUCGGCCUGACAGCCGCCGGGCCUCGUCGCCGCGGCCCAGCAGGACUCGAGUGAAGUUGUGAGCGGACUGACAAACUUCUGCUUCCUGCAGCCAUCUCUCACCGCAGGGCCCGGGGCUCCCGUCGCCGGCCCUGUGGAUGAGGGAGUGAGCACGGACCGCAUCGCGCCCAGGAGAAAGGAAUCCCUUUGAUGGGAGAAUCCUCUUUCCUGGCCUCCUGGGUUAAUCGCUGUGCCAUGAUGAUGGAUGAGCAGGAGGCGCUGAACUCAAUCAUGCAGGACUUGGCCGAACUGCACCGCUCUAGCCGUCCUGCCAUGUUCCUGUCGGACCUGGGCAAACCCAAAGCCUCCUCGCCCAAGAACCAGAACGAUGUCAGAGUGAAGUUCGAGUUCAAAGGGGAGAAGAGGAUUUUGCAGUUUCCUCGCCCUGUCCAGCUGGACGACCUGAGGUCUAAAGCCAAAGUGGCUUUCGGUCAGAUGAUGGACCUUCACUACACCAAUAAUGAGCUGGUGAUUCCACUGACGACUCAGGAUGACCUGGACAAGGCCGUGGAGCUGCUGGAUCGCAGCGUUCACAUGAAGAGCCUGAAGAUCCUCCUGGUGCUGCAGAUGUCCUCUCAGAACUCUUCCUCUAACAUGGACCUCUUGCCGUCACACGAGGAGCUGGACAACACAGGAAUCAGGGCGGCCGACAAGAAGAGUAUGCUGGCGUUAAUAGGCUCCCAUUCGACGGAUCGCAGCUCUCCUCCUCCAGGAUACAUUCCCGACGCUCUCCAGCAGGUGGCGAGAAACGGCUCCUUCACCAGCAUCAACAGCGAGGGAGAGUUCAUUCCUGAGAGCAUGGACCAGAUGUUGGACCCACUGUCCAUGAGCAGUCCAGAGAACUCGGCCUCUGGGAGUUGUCCCUCUUUAGACAGCCCACUGGACAGCGACUACCCAAAGUCCAGGAUGCCCAGAGCGCAGAGCUACCCAGACAACCACCAGGACUAUCCAGAGUACGACAUCCCAGUGUUUGAGAAGGUGGGGAAAGGGGGAACAUAUCCUCGGCGAUAUGGCAUUCCCUUUGGCCUGCAAGACUACAGUGAUGGGAGGAAGACCUUCCCCCGGGCUCGGCGAACACAGGUUCACGGCUUCCGCUCGCCUGUCAGCUUUAGUCCAACCGAGCAGUCGCCCAGCACCAGCAGCGGCAGCAGCGUCUUCACACCCGACCUGGAAGAGGUCCCGGGACCCACCAGAAGGCCACGGAGGGGCAGCGACAUUGAGUCCAACCCCAAUCUGACGACCGCUCCCACCCUCUCCGUCAUGGACAUCAGUCCACCCAGCCGCUCCCCACGUGCUCCAACCAACUGGAGGCUGGGAAAGCUUCUUGGUCAGGGUGCCUUCGGACGGGUUUUCCUCUGUUAUGAUGCGGAUACCGGACGGGAAUUGGCAGUCAAACAAGUCCAGUUUGACCCGGAGAGUCCGGAGACCAGCAAGGAGGUGAGCGCGCUGGAGUGUGAAAUCCAGCUUCUGAAGAACUUGUGCCAUGAGCGGAUUGUCCAGUACUACGGCUGUCUGCGAGACACGAUGGAGCGAACGCUCUCCAUUUUCAUGGAGUACAUGCCUGGCGGCUCCAUUAAGGACCAGUUGAAGUCGUACGGAGCACUGACGGAAAAUGUGACACGCCGCUACACCCGGCAGAUCCUGGAAGGCGUUUCUUACCUGCACAGCAACAUGAUCGUCCACAGGGACAUCAAAGGAGCAAAUAUCCUUCGUGACUCUGUGGGUAACGUGAAGCUGGGAGACUUCGGUGCCAGCCGGCGGCUACAGACUAUCUGUCUGUCAGGAACAGGCAUCAAGUCAGUGACAGGCACCCCCUACUGGAUGAGCCCGGAAGUGAUCAGUGGAGAGGGCUACGGCAGGAAGGCUGACAUCUGGAGUGUUGGCUGCACCGUCGUGGAGAUGCUGACCCAACGACCCCCGUGGGCAGAGUUUGAGGCCAUGGCCGCCAUCUUUAAGAUUGCCACCCAGCCGACAAACCCAGUUCUCCCCGCCCACGUGUCGGACCACUGCCGGGAGUUUCUCAAACGGAUCUUUGUAGAGACCAAGCAGCGCCCGUCUGCUGAUGAGCUAUUGAGGCACAUCUUUGUACAUUAACCCAACCCCUGAACCUUUAAUCCCCCGCCCACCUGCCGAACUGCCAGAUACGGCCUUACCUGAUGGGGUGUCCCUACCUCUGACCCCAUUCCCUCCAUCUCCAAGCUGAAACCACAUUGGACCAGGAAGAACCGGCUGGAAGAAGGUGGGGUGCGCAGGCGGAGGGUGGUACCUACCUGAUCCUCCUGUCUCUGUUUGUAUGAGACUGCCAUUGAGGACAUGAAUUUUUAUUUUAUUUUUCUCUGCAAGUUGCACCUUAAUUUGUCAAAAGUGGAGGCUUUGAGCACUUCCUCCUGAAGAGAUGAAAAACAAAUAUUUGAAAAAAAAUGUCUUCUUUUUUAUGUUUUUACGGUAACUCUCUUUUGGAGUGGGAUAGUGUCAGUGUUGUGGACCUACAGGAGGCGGCGCCUGACUCUCGAGAGGCUCUGCUGCCCCAUGUUGCUGACCUGACCCCAGAAUGUAGUCUCCUGCCAAAACCCGGAGCGAUGGUGUUGACCUGGGCCCGCUGCUAUAGACGAAACAAAACCCCCCCCGAUUGCGGAGAACACUCCCCUUAACGGUUUCCACUCACUUUCCGGUCUGGUCCGCGCUCUCAGAUGAAAUGUUUUGUCUCUGCUUUAUUGUCUGCAAACUACCUUCCCUCGACCCUUUCCCCCGUCUUCGUUCUUUGCCGUGUGCCUUUUCUGUUUUUAAACGCAGUGUAGGAAUGAGUCUUUUGGAGAUUUUGGAUAAUCUCAUUUGUUUUUAGGCGCUAUAGUUCUGUGUUUUUUGUUUUUUUUGCCCCCUUGGAUAAACUGCCUUCGCACGGUUAGCACAAAUCUAGCUGAUCUCAGUUCAGCCGUAAUAUCCGUUUUUGCCUUUUCUGUCACAGAUUCCUGGUAAUAAGUGGGGAUUUAUUUUGCCAACUAACCAAAUUCCCAAACCAACUUGUGCUCAGACAAGGAUCGGUACUUCUGCUUCAGUUGUUAAAAGACAGGAACAGUAUCCAGAUUAUUCUCCUCAAAUGUUUUCUCCUCUGCUUCUCAAAGAAUUCAUUGGUUGAACUCAGGGCAGAAUUAGAAUUUUGGACAACCUAGACAUUUAUUUAAGUAAAUCUGGGCUCUAGGAAAGUGUGUUAGGCUUAUCAAGUAGUCAAUCAUCCGAGAAGGUAAGAGUCGGAUUAAUUAAAAAUGAUUUCCAGUUUCAUCUCUAGCAUAUCUGCGAAAAAAGGAAGCAACUAACCCCAAAAGUGUGACCUUUUGGGGGAGAAAAUGUAGUUUUGAAAUGGACACGAGUCAAGCGGUACUUAUUGUGGGAUAUCUGUGGUCGUGCUCCGACAGACCACUUGCUUAGUACUGCAACACGAGGAGCAUUUGAAGAGUGUUGAUGUAGUUUUACAAGGCAAGAAGCUCGCAGUUGAUUAGCCAGAGGGUCUGGCUGCAUGACGCUGUCUCGCUGUUGCCGGUUUUUAUCUCUCAAGAGAAAUUAAGUGUACGACGUGAAGCGCGGACAUUUCUCGCUGUCUUACAAGCUGCUUGACAUUUCACCAACCGGUACAUUCACAGUUAAAAUGUCUCUUCACGCUCCACUGCUGCAAUCGGUACCUUUUAACACUCUGCAGCCAAGGCAUCCCUGUGCCAUAUCAGAGCAUCGUCAUUGUGUUGUGUUUUGUAUUUUACAUUUUUGGGCCUUAAACAUGCACUCCCAUAGAAGAGAUUCCCACUCGCAGCGUUUCCUGUGCGAAACAGUCAGCGACGCGCUCUUAUGUUGUCGCCGAAUCAAACGUGUCAAAGUUGACUCUUCACUGUAGCCAAACCGCAAACACUCCGUUCAACGUGCGUCCUGCUCAGUUUCCUCUCGGGCUGAGUUGUGAAGGACACAACUAUGCACCAGUAAACUGUAAAGUCACUGUCCACACGGUGUCCCCGGGAUUAAAUCCGUUUUCUACAACCAGUAACUUGCAGGCAGCUCUGUCUGCAACCUAAAGACUCAGUUUAAGAGGAUUUAUCAUUGACUUCCUUUAUUCCUGUAAAAAAAUUGAAGCUGGCAACAUGACAAGCUUCCUUAACCUCCCAGCUUGCACUCUGCAACCUGCUUAUUUCUCCAAAAUCUUUGGAGACCUAAGAACACGAAGCAUUCUGACAUUCCUGUCCAUUUCCACAAGAGUCAGCGUGGCCCUGUGCAUUUGCAGAUGUUGUGUUUUCCUGCAGUGUCCACUAGUAAUAACUAAGGAGCCAUAUUUUUACUGAUAACACCUUUUUAAAGGCAGAUAGGAACCAGGUGCUUUUGCUUGUGUUUGCUCAUCAAGUCUUGAAGGCAAACACUCAAUGAUUUUCCCCUGAAGACGCUUAUACUCUUUUUGUUGGUUUGUGGUACAUUUUCUGCUACAGUUGUGCGUCUAUGACCAGCCGAUUGAUUUUUUUUUUCAUGCCCAAGAAACUGAAACAGACGCCUCUUUCACUCAUAUGCAUUUUCAAAAACGGUACCAAAAUAAAGCCCCAGAAAAAAGAAAAACUCAUGUUUCCAAGAUUUGCGAAUCCGCCCGAGUUUGAGGCAACGUACAGUUAAAACUGUCAGGUACAGGGGGAGAUUUUUAAUUGCCGCCAGCACUGGUAAACCUGGAGACGCACUACCAUUAUGCACUUAUCGAUUAUUCACUGAUGCUUUUACACGAUUCCUCAUCGGCUGUUGCUCGUGCAGCUCGGUUCAGCGACCUUUUUUUCUUUUGCACAUUUUAAAGACUAUUUUUUUAAUUUUUACACGAGUGCGAGUGUGAGCGUGUGUGUCUGCGUGUCAAUGGUUCCGUUUGCGAUGACUUGUACAUGAAUGUAAUGUCUCCUCUUACCGUCAGAUGGCCUCGUUCACCACAGUGAAUUAACUCUUUGGUAUCAGUAUUUGUCACCUGCAAACACCAAGAUAAACCUGUAGUUCUCUCUUUAGUGUCUAAAGCCACUGCUGCCACUCCUCUGUGUGUGUGUGUGUGUAUGUAUGAGUGCGAUUUGUGUGUGCGCGAUUUGUGUGUGCGAGCGUGAGUUUGUUAACGUGCAUUUACUGCAAUUUGUGCUCAUUGGACACUGCGCCCGAAAUGCCUCGAGCAUUCUAACUGUAGGGGGGUGAGAUCAUUGAAAUAAUAUUGAAAAUGAAAUAAAAAAUAAUGUACAAAGGUGUAAAAUAAAAUGUACCCUUUUUUUUUUCUUUUUUUUUUAAGAAAAGUACACUUAUAUCCCACAUGUUUGGUCUCUGUGUAUUGUAAAAGAAGCCAUGUUUAUAAUUCUAAUUGGUUUGUGACCAAUACGCCUGUUUAUAUCAGAUCUGUAUAUCAGUGGUACGCAUAAUUUUUUAAUAUAUAUUUUUUAUUUUACCUUUUUUUUAAAUGGGAGAUUUUAUGCAUGGUUGGGUCCUGAGAGACGCAGCGGUGCCGUUAAAUGGUUGCUGUAUUUUGGCAAAAUUCUGGAGUAUUGCCACAGCUCUGUGUUCAUAAUUAUAACAAUUAUGAUGAUGAAAACAAUAAAAAAAAAUAUUUAUUUCA